AUGCGUCCGCUCCGUUCGCCGGGCCGCACGCCGCCGACAGCGUCUCGGAAGGACACUGGUCUUCCCGUGACACAUCCGGCGCCUCAUGGCACGUUCCGGGCGUGUUGCGGCGCGACAACGCUCGCAAUGGCGCCACUGUGUACGUUCAGCAGAAUGACAGAGCGGCAUGUGUCGAUGCGGGGCUGUACGCGACGGCACAGGCCGGAGGGCGCGCGGCGAGGUGCCUGGGCCGUGCGCGCGAGCUCUAGCGGGGACGCGAGGGACCUUGCGACGCAACCACCGGCAGACACACCAGGCCGUGAGCGCCGGCCGCCAGCGCACUUCACGGACCGCCGCGCGUGGCAGGCGCAGGCGCGCAGCCAGGACGAGCUGGCCAGCGACGCCGGCGCCCCGCUCGGCCCGCUCGCCCUGCGCGACAUCUGCGUGGUGCUGUGUCGGACGCGCGUCCCGUCGAGCGCCGGGAGCGUCGCUCGCUCGAUGGCGGCCUUCGAGUGCGCGGACCUCAGGAUGGUCGCGCCGCUCUGCGACGUCACGAAGCGCGCCGGCCUCAAGACCGCCAAGGGCGGGCAGUUCAUCUUGCGUAGGUGCGCACAGCGCGGGAGCAUCGACGACGCGCUGAGCGACUGCGACCUCGCGAUCGCGUUCCACCGCUGGAUCGCCGACGGCGAGCGCGCGAGCGCGACUCCCGCCGUGCUCGGGCUCGGAGCGCUGUUCCUCCCCGGCGAGGACGCGGCGGCGGCGCUGGUGCCGAGCGUUGCGGGGCAGCGGGGCCGCAUCGCGCUGGUCUUCGGGCAGGAGAAGGACGGGCUGUCCGCGGAGGAGCUCGCGGCGUGCGACGUGGCGUGCAGCAUACCGUGCGGCGGCAUCGCGGAGAGUCUGAGCGUAGCGCACGCCGCAACGGCGGUCCUGGCGCGCAUCUUCGAGCACCGCGUGAUGGGCCUGUGA